UUAACGGUCGCGUGGACUUUUACAACUUCAUACCUGAUUCAGUUUACCCGUCAAUGAACUUGUGCUUGAAAACUCUGGCGCCGGUUUUAAAUUCAAAAUGUUUUCGCAGUCCCGAGACUCGUUAGACGAUGAAUUCGGGAGGCCAGUAGAAUCUAUUAUGCGAUGUGAGGAUUUUAAAAGCAACUUCGCGAGGAGGCUCUCGAACAGAUAUAUUUCCAGAUCUCCGGUAUCUGGUACGAGGCAAGAUAAUGUUUUGAAACUGCGACCACCAGCCGACAAACAGGAAAUACUAAAUAAUGGUCCGGAAAUAGUUGAGAAGUGUCCUAAAAUUACUAGGAAUACAAAUUAUGAGCAAAACGGGGACGUUGUAAAAGCACCGGAUAUACCAGUAAAGAAUAUCGCUGACAUUCGGCACACUGAAGUAAAUGCCCUAAAUAUGGAGGUGGAGACAUUGCGAUGGCAGCUCUCGCAGACUGAAGCCAACAGGCAGAUGCACAUUGCUCUACUACAACAAAUAGUAACUUUUUUGAACAGAGUUAAGGAGCAUAUAGAAAACCAGAAAAAUGAAACUGAAGUACAACUAGAUACUAUGUCAUCGAUAGUUUUCCCAAAGUCCUUCAAUAUAACUGACUUGCCUAGAACCCGGUCAGUUUUUCACGUCAGCAAAAAUAUUGAUUAUACUCUGAGCCCUACUAAGAAAAUUAGUACAAGGAAAUUCAGCAAAUCGAUUAGUAAUGUGAACGGAUAUAAAGAUUGCAGCAGUUUUUGGAGUCCCUCAAAAUUGUCAUUAGUUUCUGAAAAUGAGACGGGACAAAAGUUAACGGAGGAGAUGUCAAGACUAAUAACUCUUGCCAACACUGUUCUUAGUACCAAACUGCCUGACCUAGCGUGUUCCUGUGCUGGUGGUCGCGUUGAGUCAACUCUGACUGAAUCUGUUAAAAAUGAUCAAAAUACUGUACAAAUAUUAUCCAAGUCUUUGGAUUCCAUUGAAGAGAAUGUAACCGAUACUGUUGUAAUGAAUACAAAUUACAGUAAGGAGACUUACAAUGGCAUAACUAACGAGCUCGAUGACGUGAAAACUAGAAUUUUGAGUGACUUUAUUGUAUCGCAAUCACCGCUUAGUUGCGGAUUGGAAAACGAAUUUUCCGGUACAAAGUUAUUUGACCAAGAACAUUCAGGUUCCGUGAACGGUUUCGGCGCAUCGUGUGGAAAAGUAGUUCAGAAACUUGACAAAAGAAACGAAUACAAUGUGUCUUCUAAUUUCAUAGAGGAUGAGAGUGGUUUCUCAUCGAUGAGUUCGUUUCAGGAGAUAGGUAUACCUAUCAUAAGCAUAAUACCACCGUCACCAUGCAAAGAAGUAGAAUAUUUAGAAGAGAUUUCUAACGCAACUGAGAAGUGGAAAACGGAUGCCAUUGAACUGGAUAAGCAAAGUGUCAAAGUGUUUUGGGUUUGAUUUCCCUACGAAUGUACAAAUUUAAUGCAUAAUAAUUAAAUAUUGUUUCGGAAAUCAAUUGCAAUGCGAGCCGAUAUCAUUUGCUUUUAGCCAUUACGUUUGUCAUUAGUAAUUUAUUAUGUCUAAGACUAGCAUGCUACUCAUGCCGUUCUUUAUUACAAAUAAAGAUAUUUUUUUUAC